ACCGAGAAUGGUCCUGAGAAGAUGGAGAGAAGAUGCACUUCAUAGGCGAAAACCAUGAAGUAUAUAACCACCAUUGUCAAAGAUGGCGGACCCUCGAGGGAGAAAGCGUAAGAAAGAGAAACGUGAUGAAUUCUUCCACAUUCAAGCCAAAGGACAGUACUUGAAAAUACCAAAAAAUCAAGAGUGGGAUGGGGAAGACUCCUCAACAGUUGGAGGAGAGGAAAGAGUAAGAAAAUUGCCAAGCAGAAGAGAUAAAAGACAACAGGCAAGAGUUCAGAAGAAGGCAAAAAAGGCAGCUUUUUUCUCCAAUAAGAAAGGGAAGACCACAAAAAUGUUGAGCAGUGGAUUCAUCAGAAACAAGCUAAAGGAAGGCAGUGAUUUAACAGAGAAACCUACAGGAAACAAACGUGGUAUGGUCUCAACCAAGAAAAGGAAAAGAAGGAGAACUAAGGAAGUUGCAGAAGGACAGGAAUUCCUCAAACAGAGGCUUUUAGCAGAGAACAGGAAAGAGGACAAGGAGAUAAAGAGGCUUGAAAAACUUUUAAACAUUGGCAGUAAGGAGAAAGUUACCAGCAAGAAAUUCAAAGUGGAUGGUCUUGAUUAUUUAUUAGAAGUUUGCGAGCAUCAGCUAAAGGAACAUGAUAAAGAUAGUGGAGAUGAGUUGAAGUCAAGUGAUGGGCUAUUUUCCAAGGAGUUAGAACACUAUGAUGUCAUGGGCAUUGAUGGAAAUUCUAAACUAAACAUGAGUGAAAGUGCGCAGCGAGACAGCAAUGAUAGCUAUGGUGAUUCUCAAAUAAGUGAUGAUGAUGAUGACAAUGAUCAUGAUGUUAAUGAUGAUGAGUACAGUACUAGUGAUCCCAGUUAUGGUGAAUGCAUUGAAAACAAACACUACAAUGAAAGUUUUGAUGACAGUGGUCAUGAUAAUAAUGAUGACGGCGAGGGAUCUGAAGAGGAAGAUUAUGGCACUGAUAAGAGAGAUUUGAUGGAGACAUUUGAAAAUAACAAAGAGAUUGAUUUUGAGUUGAAAAACAGUGGCAGUAAGGCUAAUAGUUCUAACCAAACAGAUGAGUUUAAAAGAUACGUUCCCCCUCAUUUGAGAAUCAAGAACUUGUCGCAGAACCAAAAUGAACACUUACAGAGACUAUCAUGUAAGAUGAAAGGUCUACUGAAUAGGCUGAAUGAGAGAAAUAUGUCAAUUAUCAGCAAUGAGAUUGAACACAUCUACAUGCAAAACAGCCGAAACGAUGUGAACAAGAUCCUAAGUAAUCAUAUUCUGGCCUCUUGUGUUUCUGUAUCCAUGAUGCCUGACAAACUUUUAAUGGAGCAUAUUAUGUUGCUGGCAAUUCUCUCAAGUCAUGUUGGAAUUGAUGUAGCUGCUUUCUUCAUUGAGAGACUGGCAGAAUUGUUUGAUGAACUACACCAUCAUAACAAAGGCAGUUCUGGACUGGGGAAAGAGUGUUUUAAUGUUGUAGCUCUGUUUGCACAUCUGUGCAACUUUAAAAUUACUCACUGCUGUCUCAUUUAGGACAUUGUUCAACAGCUGGUAAAUUCAUUUAGUGAAAAAGAUAUUGAACUACUUCUACUGCUUCUGAAAUUGGUUGGAGCAGAAAUCAGAAGAGGUGAUCCAUCAGCAUUAAAGGAAAUCAUUCUCCAAAUUCAAGCAAAGGCAUCUUCUACACCAAUGUUGAUUGAUGACUCUAGAGUUUGCUUCAUGUUGGAAAUAAUCACUAAGCUACGCAACAACAAUUUAAGAAAGAUACCAGGCUAUGAUUGCUCACAAUUAGAACACCUUAGAAAAACUCUUCACUCAUUGACCAGAGAGUCAGGCUGUUUAGUCUCCAAUCAGCUCAAAGUCAGUCUGGAGGACUUACUGAAUGUUAAGUUAAAAGGCCGCUGGUGGACAGUAGGGUAUGCAUUGCCACAGACACCGCAAAUUAACACCAUGGAAGUGUUUUCUACCAAACUUCAAAACACCAAGCUGUUAGAACUGGCAAGAAAACAACGAAUGAACACUGAUGUCCGAAAGAAUGUUUUCCUUAUUAUGAUGACAAGUGAGGAUUAUAUUGAUGCAUUUGAAAAGUUGAUGCGAUUGAACUUGAAAGAUGUUCAAACUCGGGAAGUCAUCCAUGUUCUGAUUGACUGCUGUAUUCAGGAGAAAAUGUACAAUCCUUACUAUGCCUACCUUGGUCAAAAAUUUUGUGAAAACAGCAGAAGCUACCAGGUAACUUUUCAGUAUUCUUUUUGGGACAAGUUUAAACUGCUGAGCAGCUUAGCACCUCACAGUCUUGAUAACCUGUUACGUCUUAUUUGUCAUCUUUUUGCUACAAGAGCGUUGUCUCUAUCCAUGCUCAAGGUUGUGAACUUUAUGGCUCUUGAGAAGUCCUCUGUUCAGUUUUUCACUGAUCUUUUUCAUCACCUUCUUUCAACUUAUUCUAAAGAUGCAAUAAGAUAUGUAUUUGAAAGGAUCUCAGUAAAGAAAGAGCUUGCUUCCCUUUGUCAAAACCUUCGAAUUUUUCUCAAACAUUUUAUAGGUGGACAAAAAUCCAUUAUCUUAGAAAAACAACUUAACCUUGUGGAUGGCAUUCUUGCAGUUUCACACAAAACCAAACUUUAGAUCUUUUAUUAUUUUCUGUAAUAUCAUGAUAAUUGCCACUACGAUAAUAUUUAUUUGUAUUAUUUCUAUAAUUACUAAAUAAGAAAUAAGAUUUUAUCUCAUGAUGGCAUCCUUUAGGAGGUGUUGUAAAAGUAAUUUCUGCUUGUUUAUCUGCCCAUACAAGAGAAACCAAAUACAUGACUGACAUUCUAACAUUAGAAGUCAGAAAAAAAAUACAUUUUCCUGAGAUGCCGGCCUGCAUUAUAAUGGAAUAAGGGAGGAAAUGAAAUUUAGUCUUGUUGCACCAUCAAAGAGAAAGAAAACUGUAUUUGCAGAAGAUGGUAGAUUCAAGACUCGUUACAAAUGUGUACCCCUUUUCACAUUUUUAUAACAAAAUUCAGAACACAUUAAGUAAAUUGUGUUUUGUUACACCUUUUCCAAUAGCCCUCUAUCCUUGUGCUGGACAUAAUGUCUUGUAGUUGAUGCAAUGUCACAUAAUUGAUGUGGUAUACCUCUCAUAGUCCUGAUCAUGAAGUCUGAUCAUGAAGUCUGAUCAUGAAGUCUGAUCAUCUGGAUGAGGAUAGAAGAACUGUUGACAGAAGUGGUGACUGAUGUUUUAACAACCAUGGGUUUUUUUUUUUUUAAGUCUAGUUCAUGAAACUGAUGGUCAGUUUUGCUGUUAUUCUAUUUGCUGUGAGACUCAAUUAGCAAGAGUCAUUUGUGAUUUGUUAGUUUGUUGUAAAAAGUUGUAAAAAAGUCAUGAGCAAGUAUAUAUGGUGCCAUCAUUUGUUUACAUCGGUUAUGGGAAGUCUAUCAUAAACAGCUUUCUAGUCAUGUGUUGAAGAUGUUUAGUGCUGUAGGUUAGGCAUUGCACAGAGUCCUAUUUACCAGUUGGGUCCUUUUAAUCAGUUGGACAAUUUUCUUCAGUUUGACCAUUUUAACCGAUUCGGCCAUUUUUUUAUUUUAACCAUGUUGACUGGUUAGAUCAUUUUAAAACAACUGGACAUUUCUCCAGGAAGACCAAUGUACCAGUUAGACCACUUUACGUAGAACUUUUAUCACUCCUAUGUUCACAUUAAGACAUGAUUCUGAUGAUUUUAAACUUUGGAUCAUUUUAUUUAAAGAAACUGUGUCAACUGAUUUGACCCUUUAAGCUAGUUGGACCAGUUAGGACCUUUUUAACCAGUUGGGUCCUUUUAACCAUUGGACAGUUUUCUCUAGUUAGACCGUUUUAAUCGAUUAGUCCAAUUUUCUAGUUUCCCAUGUGAACCGGUUUGAUCAUUUUAACUACUUGGACCAUUUUCUCUGGUUAAACAAUUUGUGUCAUUUUACAUAUUUAGACGUUUUUCUUUCCUACGACCAUUUGAUCUGGUAAGUCCAUUUUAGGCGAUUGCGCCUCUUAAUCAACUAAGAUAAUUUUAACUGAUUGUACCACUUUAACCAGUUGGACCGCUUAAUAAAGGUAGACCAUUAGAGCUGGUUCAACCAUUUUAA